AUGGUUGCUGCAAGAUUUGAGGCUCAUGUAAAGGAAUUAGUAGAUAAUGUGAAAAGUACUUCACUUGAAACUGUAAGAGAAGCUACUUCAGAGCUCAGGAUUUUAGCCAAGGACUUGGAUAACCAAAUCAUAAUAGCGAGUUGUGGAGCUAUCCACCCUUUGGUUAUCCUCCUUCGUAGUUCAGACAUGAAUACUCAAGAAAACGCAGUCACUGCUGUUCUGAACUUGUCUAUUAGUAACAACAAUAAGGUUAACAUUAUGAAAGCUGAGUCAAUUGAGCCUCUGAUCCAUGUCCUUCAGACGAGGACUCCUGAGGCCCGAGAAAAUGCUGCUGCAACUCUGUAUAGUUUAUCUGUAUUUGAAGAGAAUAAGAUUAGGAUAGGGAAUUCAGGAGCUAUUGAUGCAUUGGUGGAGUUGUUAGGGAAUGGAACACCCCGUGGUAGGAAGGAUGUGGCCACUGCUUUCUUAUACUUGUCUACACAUACUGAUAAUCGGCACCUUUAG